AUGAGGAACUUACCAACGAAGAUUAUAAUUCGACAUCUUCCACCGAAAUUGACAGAAGAGCAUUUUAAGGAGAUGUGUUCUCCCAUUCCACCCUACGACUACUUUCGAUUUUGCUCUCCUGACCCUAGUCUCGGAGGUGAAAGCUUCUGUCGAGCCUACAUCAACUUCUGCGACCCGGAGUCUGUCUUUGCAUUUCGCGAGCGAUUCUCCGACUACGUCUUUGUCGAUUUGGAGGGGAACGAAGCUACUGCCAUCGUGGAGUACGCCGUGUUUCAAGGCACACCGAAUACACAGCCCUUGAGUAAAGUUGACAGACGUCAAGGCACAAUUGAGGAGGACUCAACUUAUCAAAAAUUUCUCGCUAAUCUGAACGCACCGCCGCCCGAGACGGCAAAUAAUGAGGAAAGUUCUGUCAGUAAACAAACAGCUAAAACCCCGUGGGAGGCGACGCUUGAAGCUCUUGAAAAGCGUGAAGCAGCCGCCAGCCAGCAAAUGGAGACCGCGCUCACCCGCUUCUUAAAUCUACGUCUUGAGAGAUGCAAGCGCAAUGCAGGGGAUGAUUUCAAAGGUAUGAGUAGACGAGGCAUGAAGGCAAGCCGAAAUGCGAGAAAAGCUCGUCAACGACAAGCUGCUCUUGCCGUCGCUUCCUCCACUGCCUCUAUAAAUUCUGACGCAGCAUUACAAGGCGCCGACGCGCCACAGAAAGCCAGUGAAAAUAAUACUCUUUCUGUCGGUAGUCGAGGAGGCCCAGAAAAAUCCACCUCUGGCCGUCGCGGACCGAAGUCUAAUCGUCCGAAUAAGUCGGCUCCUGAUUCUUCCUCCUUCAGUCGACUCGAUGAUCCGCAGCAAUCUGCGUCGACGACCUCUACAAAUCCCAUCCCCAUGAGUGGCGGUCGCGGCGGUCGACGGGGUGGCAGACGUGGCGGUUCCAGACCUCACCACAAUGACGUCCCACCCUCCUAUUCCUCGCGGUUAGUUAUAUCCUAUCAUUGUUCAGAUGUUUGGAUUUCUCUGAGCUCAGUCUCAAUCGCCAACACGCGGCUACAGUAUCCGAGUCGCCAUCCGGUGACGGUGGCAGUGUCGGUAGUGGAAGCGGAAGCGGCCCCAAAAACCGUAGCGGUAGCCAGCGGGGAGGGUCGUUCAGACCCUCUUCCUACUAUUCACGUGGUAGAACAUCUGCUGUUUCUUCGUACUUACGUCAGCGCUGUCCAGCCAUGUAUCCAUCUGGGUACCAUCCAGCCAGCCAGUGUUAACCUAUUUGACAUCUUCAUGCAGUCUUGGAAGUAUACUGGUGAAGAAGGAUCUAGCAACGACGGCAACUCGGAAAAGUUGGCACCAGAAGGCUCUUUCAAGCAAACCGCUAACCUGCAACCUAUGAAGACGACGGCGUCUUUCCCACCCGACAGACGCGGUCGGUGGGACGAUGACACCCGUUUCGGCGGCGACUCCAAGCCCACCUUACAUACAUCGCAGCGAGUUCAUACCCUUCUCUCCAGCUUACACGCGGCCGUAGCCAUCGAGUUGUCCAAGUUCGCCAGAGAUGGUGGUGGUCAUGGUGAUGCUGAUGGUCUUAGUCGCCAGAAGAAUUGCAGCAGUGUCGAUGUUAGUGGAGAGGUGGAGGAGGCAUCGCAAGUUCACUUAAUCGAUGUCAGCUUACAGGUACCGCAGACUGCUCCGUAA